GUCCUUGGGGCACGAAGCCUGGACACAGGAGGCCUGGCACUAGAGUCCUUGGUUCUGUCAGAGCCUUCUCCUGGCCAGGCCAUCCAGCAUCCCGGGCCAUGGAAGUCAGCUUAGUCACCAUCCUCCUCCUGGCUCUAUGCCUUUCCUGCCUGCUGCUGCUCUUUCGAGGAGAUGGACGGGGCACGAAGGCACGCCUUCCGCCUGGACCGCAACCAUUGCCCUUCAUAGGCAACCUGCCUCACCUGGAUGCCAAGAAUAUCAUCAGGUCCAUCUUGGCGCUCAGCAAGCAGUAUGGCUCGAUCUUCACCAUCCACAUGGGGUCCCGGCCUGUGGUGGUGCUGUGCGGGUACCAAACUGUGAAGGAGGCCCUGGUGGACCAAGGCGAGGAGUUCAGCGGCCGGGGGGACAUGCCAGUCUUGUUCCGUUUCACUCAAGGAAACGGAAUUGCUUUCUCCAACGGAGAAAAAUGGAAGAUCUUGCGGCGUUUUGCCAUUCAGACCUUACGGGACUUCGGGAUGGGCAGGCGCAGCAUUGAAGAGCGAAUCCAGGAGGAGGCCCAGUGCCUGGUGGAAGAGUUUGCCAAGACGAAAGAACCCUUUGACCCCACAUUCCUCCUUGGCUGCUCAGUCUCCAACGUCAUCUGCUCCAUCGUCUUCGGAGAUCGGUUUGACUACAAGGAUCAGCACUUCCUGACUUUCAUUGGGCUGAUCAAUGACAACUUCCGCCUCUUCAGCUCUCCCUGUGCUCAGAUGUACAACAUUUUCCCCCAUGUCAUGUAUUAUCUGCCUGGACCACACAACCAGAUUUUUGCCAACUUUGAGAAGUUGCGGGCUCUGGUUAAGGAGAUGGCCAAGGCCCACCAGGCCACCCUGGAUCCCAGCUGUCCGCGCGAUUACAUGGACAGCUUCCUCCUCAAGAUGCAGCAGGAGAAGGAAGACCCACUCAGCUUCUUCCAUGAUGACACUCUGAUCAUGACCACCCACAACCUGUUCUUUGCGGGCACUGAGACCCUCGGCACCACCCUCCGCUAUGCGCUUCUGAUCCUCAUGAAGUUCCCCAAAGUAACCGCCAAGGUGCAGGAAGAGAUCAUGAAGGUCAUCGGCUCACAGCGCAGCCCAUCCAUCACUGACCGGGCGAAGAUGCCAUACACGGAUGCCGUGAUCCACGAGGUGCAGAGGUUCGCUGACAUCAUCCCCAUGGGCAUCCCCCAUGCGCUCACCAGGGACACCCAUUUCCAGGGCUUCUUCUUUCCUGAGGGCACCAACGUCCUGCCUUUCCUCCACUCGGUGCACAGAGACCCCACCCAGUUCAAAAGCCCGGACGCCUUUGACCCCGCGCACUUCCUGGACGGGAACGGCGCCUUCCGCCGCCGCGACGCCUUCAUGCCCUUCUCCGCCGGGAAAAGGCUGUGCCUGGGCGAAGCCUUGGCGCGCAUGGAGCUGUUCCUGUUCCUCACCACCCUCCUGCAGCGCUUCACCUUCCAGCCCACCUGCCCCCGAGAGCAGCUCGACCUCUCGCCCCUGAUGAGCGGCAUCGGGAGCGUGCCGCGCCCCUACGCCUUCCGCGCGCUCUCCCGCUGAGCCGGCCGCGGGUGGGCGCGGUGGACGGCC